UGAGACGCCGGUGUAAGAGGAGGCCACAGGCUCUCCAUCCAUUAUUCAGAUGGAGGAAUCUGAUUGGCUGCCGCACACCUGUUGUACUCACAUGAGUGUCUUUUCUUUCUGUCUCUCUUCUGUCUUCAGAGUGUGUUUUGCGGGUCGAGAGAGUCCUGGAUCUGGUAAAGUUAUCAUCAGAUAUGAUGUUUUAUUUUGUGUGUUGGUGAAUGAGUGUUUGUGUUCGUCUGAAUGAAACUGAUCUGGGAUCAGCUCGGGUCUUCAGUUACUUACAGACGCCUCUGGAAACUCAACAUGUUCUGUCACGUUGAAACAAAGGCAUCUGAAUUAUUAAUGUAGUGUUUUCAUAGGCUGGAUGUGAAGUGUUUGCUUUGUAGAGUAGAUGGAAAUCUAAUUAGUAGCGUUUGUUAAGUCAGUUCUCACUGUAGCCUAGUAGUGCUGAUAGUGAUGUGCUCAAACCUGUGGUUGUUCUGAGUGUUGUUAGUGUGUUGCCAUGCAUUUUCUAUGGUUUUCUGGGUGUUUUUUUUAUUUGAUGCUAUAUGGUUGCUAACCUGUUCUGCAUGUUUUUAGUGUGUUGCUGCUGUUGCUAAAGUGUUAUGAUUUUUUUAAUGUGGUUUCUAGGGUGUUCUGGGUGUUUUCAGUGUGUUGCUAUGUGAUUCCUAAGGUGUUUUUUAGCUUGUUGCUAUGCAGUUGUUUAGGUGUUCUGAAUGUUUUAGCAUGUUGCUGUGUGGUUGCUACGGUGUUCUGGUGUUUCUAGUCUUUCUGUUUGGCUGCUAGGGUCUUCUGCAUGGUUUUUAGUGUGUUGCUAUGACAUUCACUAAGUUUUAGUGUAUUGUUAUGCGGUUGCUAGGGUGUUCUCAGUGUUUGUGUGUUGCUAUGCAGUUGGUUCUGCAUGUUUUUAGCGAGUUGUUAUGCCUUUGCUAUGGUGUUCUAUGUGUUUUACUGUGUUAUGUGGUUGCUAGGGUGUUCUGAGUGUUUGUGUGUUGCUAUCCAACUGCUAGGGUGUUCUACAUGUUUUUUGCAUUCCUAUGCAUUUGCUAUGCUGCUCUGAUUGUUUUAGUGUGUUGCUAUGCGAUUGUUAGAGUGUUCUGGGUGUUUUAGUGUGUUGCUAUGCAGUUGUUAGGGUGUUCUGUGUGUUACUAUGUGGUUGUUAGGGUGUUCUGGGUGUUUUAGUGUGUUGCUAUGCAGUUGUUAGGGUGUUCUGUGUGUUACUAUGUGGUUGUUAGGGUGUUCUGAGUGGUUUAGUGUGUUGAUAUGCAGUUGUUAGGGUGUCCUGAGUGGUUUAGUGUGUUGCUAUGCAGUUUCUAGGGUGUUCUGACUUUUACUGUGUUGCUAUGCAGUUGCUAGGGUGUUCUGAGUGUGUUUGUGUUGUGAUGUGGUUGUUAGGAUGUUCUGAGUGUUUUAGCAUGUUACUAUGCGGUUGUUAGGGUGUUCUGAGUGUUUUAUUGUGUUGUAAUACAGUUGUUAGGGUGUUCUGAGUGUUUUAAUGUGUUACUAUGCGGUUGUUAGGGUGUUCUGGGUGGUUUAGCGUGUUGCUAUGCAGUUGUUAGGGUGUUCUGGGUGUUUUAGUGUGUUACUAUGCGGUUGUUAGGGUGUUCUGGGUGUUUUAGCGUGUUGCUAUGCAGUUGUUAGGGUGUUCUGGGUGUUCUGUGUGUUACUAUGCGGUUGUUAGGAUGUUCUGAGUGUUUUAUUGUGUUGUAAUACAGUUGUUAGGGUGUUCUGAGUGUUUUAGUGUGUUACUAUGCGGUUCUUAGAGUGAAUUGGGUGUUUUAUUGUGUUGCUAUGCGGUUGUUAGGGUGUUCUGGGUGUUUUAGUGUGUUGCUAUGCGGUUGUUAGGGUGUUCUGGGUGUUUUAGUGUGUUGCUAUGCGGUUGUUAGGGUGUUCUGGGUGUUUUAGUAUGUUGCUAUGCGGUUGUUAGGGUGUUCUGGGUGUCUUAGUGUGUUGCUAUGCGGUUGUUAGGGUGUUCUGAGUGUUUUAGUCUGUUACUAUGCGGUUGUUAGGGUGUUCUGGGUGUCUUAGUAUGUUGCUAUGUGGUUGUUAGGGUGUUCUGAGUGUUUUAGUGUGUUGCUAUGUGGUUGCUAGGGUGUUCUGCAUGUUUUUAGCAUUGAAAUGCGUUUGCUAUGGUGUUCUGAGUGUUUUAUUGUGUUGCUAUGUGGUUGUUAGGGUGUUCUGAGUGUUUUAGUGUGUUACUAUGCGGUUGUUAGUGUUCUGAGUGUGUUUUUAUACGGUUGUUAGGGUGUUCUGGGUGUUUUAGUGUACUGCUAUGCGGUUCUUAGAGUGUAUUGGGUGUUUUAGUGUGUUGCUGUGCAGUUGUUAGGGUGUUCUGAGUGUUUUAGUGUGUUGCUAUGUGGUUACUAGGGUGUUCUGCAUGUUUUUAGCAUUGAAAUGCGUUUGCUAUGGUGUUCUGAGUGUUUUAUUGUGUUGCUAUGUGGUUGUUAGGGUGUUCUGAGUGUUUUAGUGUGUUACUAUGCGGUUGUUAGUGUUCUGAGUGUGUUUUUAUACGGUUGUUAGGGUGUUCUGGGUGUUUUAGUGUACUGCUAUGCGGUUCUUAGAGUGUAUUGGGUGUUUUAGUGUGUUGCUGUGCAGUUGUUAGGGUGUUCUGAGUGUUUCAGUGUGUUUCUAUGUGGUUGUUAGGCUGUUCUGGGUGUUUUAGUGUGUUGCUAUGCAGCUGUUAGGGUGUUCUGAAUGUUUGUGUGUUGCUAUGCGGAUGCUAGGGUGUUCUGGGUGGUUUCUUACGGUUUCAAGUGUCUCUGAUCUUCUAAUAUGUUUAAGUGAUGUUAAACAUUAUAUUUGCAGGUCAGAAGUGAAGAUGGUUUCUCCUGCGAUCGCUUUGGCUUUACUUCCUCUGUUACUCACGCUGAUCAUUCGUUAUCGUUACUUCUUCGUGCUGCUGUAUCGAGCCGUACUGAUCCGCUGGGUACGUGACUGCUUAACAGGCCUCAGCCGAGAGGAACGGGCCUAUCAGUACAUACUGACCCACGCCACGCCCGGAGACUCCCAGAGCAUCCUGGACACCUUUGACCAGUGGUGCAGCAAAGUGGAGUUCAUCAGCAACAUCGGGCCCAAGAAAGGUAAGAUUCUGGACCGGCUGCUGCUGGAACACUGUCCGAUCACUGUGCUGGAACUGGGCACUCACUGUGGCUACAGCACCGUUCGCAUCGCCCGCUCGCUGCCCAUCGGCGCCCGGAUCUACUCCGUUGAGAUGGACGAGCGAAACGCUGGGGUGGCUGAGAAAAUCAUCCGACUGGCGGGUUUUGAUGAAGACAUGGUGGAGCUGAUCGUGCGUCCGUCGGAUGAAGUGAUCCCGCGCUUGCGUGAGGACUUCGGCGUGGAGCACCUGGACUUUGUGUUCAUGGAUCACUGGAAGCGCUGUUACCUGCCGGACCUGCAGCAGCUGGAGGGCAGCGGCCUUCUGGGAGAAGGAUCCAUCAUUCUAGCUGACAACGUCAUCUUCCCCGGAGCGCCUAACUUCCUGCGGCACGCCCGGCGCUCCGGCCUGUACGAGGUCAGAGUUCACCGUGCCACGCUGGAAUACAUCCGUGGCAUUCGUGACGGCAUGGCUGAACUGACCUUCCUCGGGAUAAAGUAAACUAUUCUUGUGUUUCUCACCCCACGGAACGUUUGUGAGAUUAUGAACCCUUACAGUCAAAGGUUUCAUUCAUUCACUAACAUGAAUCGUCAGGUGAUGAGCGACAGGACUCGUCGUGUUUGAGGCUCUGCGGUAUCAGAAAGCAAUUAAAGUCAGCAUGGAAUGAAA